GUCGGUUACUUAUAAAAGCCUUCUUUCGUCGACGCGGUUACAACAUACGAGAAGGCAUCAGAAUUUGUUCGGCUCAAAACACAAUAUAAGUCCCCCACAAUCGACGACGAAGAAGCAGCAGCUUUUGAUUAGGGCUUGAAGAGGAAGAGGAAGAGGAAGAGGAAGAAGAAGAAGCAGGAGCGAUGGCUCUGAAUCCGCCGCUGUUCCCGAACGGCAUGCCGGUGCCCUUCGUCGGCGAGAUCUUCGUCCUCGCCAGGGACGGCGUCGAGUUCGAGAUCGACAAGAUCCCGGAUGCUCCCGGCGGUCAUGUUAAAGCGAAGGGAACGAUCUACCUGUCUAACAUUCGUAUAGUUUUUGUUGCGAAGAAACCCGUUGGCAACUUCGUGGCUUUUGAUAUGCCCCUGUUAUACGUGCACGGUGAGAAGUUUAACCAGCCAAUAUUCUUCUGCAACAACAUCACUGGAUACGUCGAGCCCGUUGUUGCGGAUGAGCAGCAGAGGGCGCUCUACUCCACGCAUUCCUUCAAGAUUUUGUUCAAGGAGGGCGGGUGCGGAACUUUUGUCCCUCUCUUCUUGAACCUGAUCCAAUCCGUGAGGCAGUUCAAUCAGCACACGGCGGCUUAUCCUGCUCCCCCGACGGCACCGCGUGUGGACCCCCUCCAAGCUGCUCAGACCCCCGUGGAGGACAUGAUGCGCCGCGCAUAUGUGGAUCCGAACGACCCGACAAAGAUCUUUCUGCAGCAGCCGACGGGGGAGUCCCAGUUGAGGAGGAGAGCCUACAAUUCUCGCGCAACGGAGGACUCUUAUUGAAGAGCUAUUAAAGUGCUCUUUUCGCUCUCUCUGAUAACUGUCACAUGUGAUAUAUAAAUAACUAUCGACACAGUAUGUUUGAGCACAUGAUAUAUUAUGUUCAUAAAGUACUUUCGGAUUUAUGCGGUUUGGUAAUGUGUGCAAGCGGAUUGAAUUUGUAUGUAAUCCAACUAGUAGUAGUUUUUCUCAAGCACUUACUGCUAUUGCUACUGUUCU